AUGAGUCAAAGUAACCCUCCUCCAAAACCCUCCUCUGUAGACCACAGCAGCAGUGUCCAUCCUCCAGCUACCUUGCAUCCCAAACCUCGCUCGGCGGUACCCUCGUACCUGUUAAACGGGUCUUCUCCUCUGCACCGUUCCCAACCGACGACGACGACUCGAGCCCAGGAGCGAGAGAACCUGGCAUCCUCUAUUAAAGCUACGUACGGCCGACGGAGAACCAUAGAUUUCACAGCCGAAGGUCACACGGCCUCACAGGCCACCAUGCCGAGCGGGACGUCGUGGCUGGGCCUGGAGAACACGCAAAAGGAAGUGGACUCGAAACGUCCGGCCAAACUGCACACCCCAGCUCGAGAUGAGCGAGACGAAGCACCGCCGACUCCUCCGGCAUCUACGGUGUCGCGUCCUGCAAGCCCCUAUACGCUGAAUCCACCCAUCGACUUUGAUGGCCUUUCCUGGCCGUGUAUUGGCACGCGCGAACGCCUGGAUCAGACCCCCGAACAAGCACAAGUCCGCCUCGAUAAACUCGCUGGCGCGGUCAGGACGAUAUUUGAAUGUAUAGGCGAAGACCCUGAUCGCGAGGGACUGCGGGAUACGCCCGAGAGAUACGCCAAAGCGCUGAUGUUCUUCACCAAGGGCUACGAGGAGAACGUGCGGGAUUUGGUCAACGGGGCGGUGUUUCAUGAAGAUCACGACGAAUUGGUUAUUGUCAAGGACAUCGAAGUGUUUAGCCUGUGCGAACAUCAUAUGGUGCCAUUUAUUGGAAAGAUGCAUAUUGGGUAUAUCCCGAACCGGCGCGUGCUGGGAUUGUCCAAGUUGGCUAGGUUGGCGGAGAUGUUCUCGCGCCGAUUGCAGGUCCAAGAGCGGUUGACGAAACAGGUCGCCCUGGCCAUUGCCGAAGUCCUGAAGCCACAGGGCGUCGCGGUUGUGAUGGAAAGCAGCCAUUUGUGCAUGGUGAUGCGAGGCGUGCAGAAGACGAGCAGCUCGACGACGACGAGUUGCAUGCUAGGUGCCAUGAGGAGCAGCGCCAAAACACGAGAAGAGUUCUUGAGCCUGUUGAACCGGAAGUGA